AUGGCGGCGGUGCGGGGGUGCCGAAGGGCGGCCGUGGCGGUCGCUGCGGCGCGGCCUGGCGGGGGCGGCCCGGGACGGGGACCGGGACCGGGUCCUGCCGCGGGACCGGGUCCUGCCGCGGAACCGGCCCCGCAGCCGGUCCCAGCACCGGCCGCCCCCGCCACAGCCGCGCUCUACGUGCACUGGCCCUACUGCCGCAAGCGCUGCUCCUACUGCAACUUCAACACGUACGUGGUGCCGGCGGUGGAUGAGGCGGCCGUGCGCGCCUGCCUGGUGCGGGAGGCACGCACCCUGCUGCGCCUCAGCCAGGUGCACAGCAUCACCUCUGUGUUCUUCGGUGGUGGCACCCCCAGCCUGGCCAGCCCUCGCACCAUUGCGGCGGUGCUGGAGGCCGUGGCGGGGGCUGCCCAUCUGCCCACCAGUGCCGAGGUCACGCUGGAGGCCAACCCCAGCUCCACGGACACAUCACGGCUCACCGGCUUCAGGGCGGCCGGCGUCAACCGCCUCUCCAUCGGCGUCCAGUCGCUGGACGACGCCGAGCUGCAGCUGCUGGGCCGGGAGCACACAGCGGCGGAGGCGCGGAAGGCCGUGGAGGCAGCGCGGGGGCUCUUCCCCGGCCGCACCUCCAUCGACCUCAUGUUCGGGCUGCCAGGGCAGAGCCGGGAUGCCUGGGCCCAGGGGCUGGAGGCAGCGCUGGGGCUCUGCGACGACCACAUCUCCCUGUACCAGCUGACGCUGGAGCGGGGCACAGCACUGGCGGCACAGGUCCGGGGGGGGACCCUGCCCUUACCCCCCCAGGACCUGCUGGCCGACAUGUACCAGACAGCCCGCACUGUGCUGAUGGCCGCCGGCUUCCGCCACUAUGAGGUCUCCAAUUUUGCACGCAAGGGUGCCCUCAGCAACCACAACCUCUCGUACUGGCGGGCUGACCAGUACAUCGGUGUGGGGCCAGGAGCGCACGGGCGCUUCAUGCCACGGGGUGAGGGCGGCUGCAGCCGGGAAGCCCGUGUCCAGACGCCAGAGCCUGUUGCCUGGAUGCGGGAAGUGCAGAGCCAGGGACAUGGCACCAGGAGUCGGGUGGUGCUGAGCCCACUGGAGCAGUGA